CUGUAUGUUGUUUUCUGAUUGACAGAGCAGCCUGGGGACAUGAUCUGUCUGGGACGGCUAGCUGCUAUAACCUUACCAUUUGGAUUUCUUCUCAGUAGAGCUAUGGCUUGGACUUCAAGUGGAAAAACGCAUGUAGAUCUUGUCAACAAUCUUCGCAGUGAGUAAAUUCCUUUAUUUAAUCCUUUCCUUCUGUAUUCAGCAAACUGUGGCUCUCGUAAUUACUGUAAUCUGAAAUCUAACUGAUUUUGUGUAGAUAAUGUUAGAGGUCCCUGAUAUAAAACAGAACGGGAGCAGGUAACGACCCAUCUCAUUGCUCUUCACAAUGUGCCAGCUCCCCUUACAGGGAGAUGAAAUGCUCAGCUUUGGGUUUAUUGAUAAAUUAUCACUUUGUUUAAUAACUAUAGACACUCAGAUUACAGCUAGCCCACAGUCUGAGGAAUGAGAUGGUUUUGGUGAAAUUCAAAAUUUCCAGUAAUGUUUACUUGAUGUCCCAAGUCUCUGCUGACUGUUUUUUUAAAACUAUUUUUCUCUCCUAGAGAAUGGAGUGAUCAGGCGCCAACGUGUGUACGAUGUUAUGAUGGCCACGGACAGAGCGCGUUAUGUCCAGCAUUUCCCAUACAUGGACUCACCGCAGAGUAUAGGUAAGAAUCACGCAGCUCAUUACACCCAGCAUUUACUGUACGUGGACUCACCGCAGGGUAUAGGUAAGAAACACGCAGCUCAUUACACCCAGCAUUUACUGUACGUGGACUCACCGCAAGGUAUAGGUAAGAAUCACGCAGCUCAUUACACCCAGCAUUUACUGUACGUGGACUCACCGCAAGGUAUAGGUAAAACAGCAGCCCAUUACACCCAGUACUUACUGUACGUGGACUCACCGCAGGGUAUAGUAAAAAGAAACACGCAGCCCACACACCCGGUGCUACUCACUGCACGCGGACCACCGCAGGGUAUAGUAGUGUAAGAACUCACGCAGCCCAAUAUUAUUAACCCAAAGUACUCUACUGCACGCGGACUCACCCCGCAGAGUAUAGGUAAGAAUCAAUGCAGCCCAAUACACCCAGCAUUUACUGCACGCGGACCCACCGCUAAAGGUAUAGGUAAGAAACGACGCACAGCCUCAUUACAAUCCAGCAUUUCCAUCAGUAAUGCGGACUCACCGCAGGGUAUAGUAAGAAACACGCAGCUCAUUACACCCAGCAUUUACUGUACGUGGACUCACCGCAGGGUAUAGGUAAGAAUCACGCAGCUCAUUACACCCAGCAUUUACUGUACGUGGACUCACCGCAAGGUAUAGGUAAGAAUCAAGCAGCUCAUUACACCCAGCAUUUACUGUACGUGGACUCACCGCAAGGUAUAGGUAAGAAUCACGCAGCUCAUUACACCCAGCAUUUACUGUACGUGGACUCACCGCAAGGUAUAGGUAAGAAACACGCAGCUCAUUACACCCAGCAUUUACUGUACGUGGACUCACCGCAAGGUAUAGGUAAGAAUCACGCAGCUCAUUACACCCAGCAUUUACUGUACGUGGACUCACCGCAAGGUAUAGGUAAGAAUCACGCAGCUCAUUACACCCAGCAUUUACUGUACGUGGACUCACCGCAAGGUUUAGGUAAGAAACACGCAGCUCAUUACACCCAGCAUUUACUGUACGUGGACUCACCGCAAGGUUUAGGUAAGAAACACGCAGCUCAUUACACCCAGCAUUUACUGUACGUGGACUCACCGCAAGGUAUAGGUAAGAAACACGCAGCACGUUAUAUCCAGCAGCACAGAAACAGCUUUAUACCCAAACUCCAUAUUACACACUAGAUAACAUGCUGUGCCAUCAAAUGGGGGACACUAUAAGCACACAACCACUGCAAUAAACUCUAGUGGGUUUGGUGUCGAGUCCCCAGAAAUUUAUCAAACUGUUUAUACAUUUUUUAACAUUUGCCUUGCUUACAGAGGAGCUGUCAAUUCUUUGGAAACAGUUCAGGCCAGGCAUUGCCAGGGCACACAAUGCUAAUGAGGUUUAUCAAAUUUUCACCAACACUUUCCUGUCUCAUUUUUGUCACAAUUCAUUGAAUCUAUCUGAUUUUCCCGUCUGUUGCUUGUUUUGCACCCUAACAGUUGUUUUUGAACAUGCAGGUUGUUUUCAGAUGCAGCAGAUUUCUGAAUAUUUUGUGCUAGGUUUUCCCAAGGUGGCAGAUGUUUUCCACCAGUAUAUUUAUUUGCUGUCUGAGUAAAAUGUCACUUUGUAGAUCACUUUAAUAAAUAUGAUCAAAUGAUGAUGACAUGUAACUGCCACGUUUCAUAGCACGUUGAUAAAUACCACUCAUUGUUCUUUGUCUCUCUAUACUGAUACAAUGAUUGACAGGGAGCUGAGAUGGGUAGAGCUUGCUUAGUACAAUAGUGUGAAUUUCUACAUUUAAUUUUAGUUUUCAGACACUUGUUAAAUGUAGGGGAUAAUGAAAAAUCCUGACAAGCAACAGCAUGGUUGGCGAAUCCUCUUGGGAGUUGCAGCUUUCCUAAACCUGUCUUAAAAAAGUAUUUCAAACCAUUGCUCUGGCCAGAUCUUUGGAGAAAGUCAUGUUAUAUUAACAAGUUUGCUGUAAUCUAGAACUUUCUUACGCACUAAAUGUACAUUUAACGUAUGUUUUUGUUGCCCUUUUAGGUUAUAAGGCUACAAUCAGUGCUCCCCACAUGGUAGGCUUUAUAUUUAAUGACUUGUUUUCGUUUUCUAAGCCAAAGAUGCUGUUUAUUUAAUUAGCGUUCUGUUGUGAGCAGCGCAGUGUUUAACUAUUAAUUUGUUUCUAAGCGUCUGACCAUUAAUAAUAGGCAGUGAAAUCUCCACGUGUUACCAAUUGCUAUUAGACUUCACCCCUCUCUCAGAGGCCACGCCAGCUAGACAAUGGGAAGAAGAUCUGACCAUUGAGCUCACUCACAAAGAGUGGAACACUUUAUCUACCGCACCCAAAACCCUCCUUAAAUCAGCACCGUUAUUGGAGCAGAACAAAAAAAUGAUUUACAGAUGGUACAUGGUCCCGGAGCGGCUUUCUAAAAUGUACCCCGCCGCUUCAUCCACCUGCUGGAGAUGUCGGAGGCACACCGGAUCAGUUUUACACAUCUGGUGGACGUGCUCACUGAUCAAACCCUUUUGGGAAGAAGUGCACUCCUUCCUACAAGACCUCACGAAACUUACACUGCCCCUAGACCCGCUCACGUACCUGCUACUGCACACUCCCCCCCACACUCCUAAGUACCUCCAAAAACUAAUUUUCCACACAACACUAACGGCUCAACGCCUUAUAGCGCGGGCCUGGAAAUCUCCAACCACUCCUAAGAUACAAAACGUACUCUCAGAAAUAGCUGAGCAGAGGCACUAUGAGCGUUGCUUCACGAAUAUAUGCCCACCCACCCGUACAGGGACGACAGCAUGGGAUGUGUGGGACGCGUGGAGAUUGGCAAACCCUGAGUAAGGCGACUCAUUCCUGUACCAUAGCAAUAUGUAUGCAUUGUAUUGACCCACUGUGUUCGCAAAGCGAAAGAGCAUCGGAUUAGGUUACGCAUGGGGAAGUAUACUCCAAACUACACAGAUCACCCAAGCCCAUGGGUAGGCGCAUGGACUAGAAUUACACUAAGCAAUUUUGUGCGGCUUAUUUUUCUUAACAACAAUAUUAUUAAUACCACUGUCCAAACCAUUACUGUUUUACCAAGCUACUAUGCUACUACGCUAUGUCGCCUUGUACCGAGUGACAUAUACUGUAACACGGAAACCCCCCCCCCCUCCUUCUUCUCUUCUGUACCCCCCCUCCCCUGUUCUUAUCAACAAUAAAAAUUGUCAAAUUGAAAAAAAAAAAAUAAUAGGCAGUGACCUCGCACUGACCACUUAUUUUAUUUAAUACUUAAUAUGAUAAACCCUGGAUUUCCUUGUCACUGUCUGUCAGCAUGCGCACGCCCUGGAAUUGCUGGAGGAGAAGCUGAUUGAAGGUGCCAGGGCGCUGGAUGUAGGCUCUGGCAGUGGAUACCUCACGGCUUGCUUUGCCAGGAUGGUGAGUGCCAUGUGCGAUGUGCGGAGGUUUAUCUGGAUGGAAUCUCACUGAUCUGUCUGUACAGAUAUUCUAUUCUUCUCUCUGCAGGUGGGAUCCACUGGAAAGGUUAUUGGUGUUGAUCAUAUUGAUCACCUCAUCAAUACUGCCAUUCAGAACGUUCAGCAGGAUGACGCAGAAUUGCUCAGCUCUGGACGAAUCAAGUUUGUUGGUGAGGAAGAUUUCUGAGCGCAGUUUACCUGAACAAUGGCGACUAUGUUGUGAUAUCUUGCCCUCUGUUUUACAGUGGGGGACGGCAGACUGGGGUACCCUGAAGGUGGGCUGUAUGACGCAAUACAUGUGGGGGCUGCAGCUGCAACUGUUCCACAAGAGGUGGGAGUGAAAGAAAGCAUGUGUAAUGUCUGUGUAUAGACUGAAUGCACCCGGAAUCUCAGACUGACUUCUACCAGUGAUAGUAGCACCCCAUGCGCUCAAUAUACAAACAAACACUUUACAAUCAUGGGAAAAGAAAGGACGCCCUCUGAAUUCUGUGGUUUUAUAUAUCAGGACUUAAUAACAACCAUGUGUUCCUUAGAAGCUCUUAAAACUGGAUAAAUACAACAUGAGAUAAACAACGACAGAUGAUAUUACAAUAUGUCAUGAUUUAACAAAAAUAAAGCCAAAAAGGAGAAGCCAUGUGGGAACGUCUAACUACUGCUUGGGAUGUAAAAGCUUGGAGAACCACCUUUAGCAGCAAUAGCUUGCAGUAAUAUUUCUGUAUGACUUUAUCCAUCUCUCACCUCGUUGUGGAGGAAUUUUGGCUCACUCUUCUUUACAACGUUGCUUCAGUUCAUUGAGGUUGAGGUCUGGACUUUGACUGGGCCUUUGCAACACCUUGAUUCUUUUCAUUUUCAGCUAUUCUGUUGCAGAUUUGCUGCUGUACUUGGGAUCAUUACCUGUUACAUGACCCAAUUUCGGCCAAGCUUGAGCUGUCAGACAGAUGGCCUCAUAUUUGACUCUAGAAGUCUUUGGUACACAGAGGAGUUCAUGGUCGACUUACUGACUGCAAGGUUCCCAGGUCCUGUGCCUGCAAAACAAGCCCAAGUCAUCACCUGUGAUAAACUCCCCUUUUCAUGUGACUUUGCCACGAGCUCCUGGAGGAGCCUGCUUGCCAGCCUCCUGCCCACAGACUAUGGGCCAUGUAAAAGUCUUUUUUCGUGUAUUUGAACUAUAUGGUUCGGGAACCAAACAGCCGCACGAACCGGAGACCGCCUUGGAGCUUGUUAAGCCUAAUAGCUACUUUGAAGCAAUUUCCACUGCAGUGUUCUAAGUGUUCGUCUGGGUGGCCGCAAUUCCUAUGGACGACCACAAGGUGACGGCCAUCAUGUUUGCACGAACGCAGGCAGCGGUGCUUGGUCGUCAAUUUCAUGGAACUGAAAUAGGACACAAACUCCCGAACACCGCUGGACUUCCAGCAUCACCUGCGUUUGGUUCUACAACACUUAGAAAGACACGGUUCGGUGGAAACAUUUCCACGAACAAGGGAAACAAGCUCCAAGGUAAGAAUAUUGACUAUGUUUAUUCGGUUUUAAACUACCGAACUAGACCGACCGCUAGCCCUGAUCUUGUGAAACUGAGAUCAUUCCUGAUGUCUUUUCUCCGUGGCAUUGCUCCAGACCAGCAAACUGCUAAACCUUCAGCUUCUAUAGAGGUGGUUACACUGGCUGAUGAUCAAUUAAUUAAAGGUAUUUGAUUAGCAGCACCUGUCUGCUGCUUAGCCUCUUACUUACUGUGGAAGCAGUAAGGGUGUACUUAGUUUUUCACACGGUUUCUCCAUUUUGGCUUUAUUUUUGUUAAAAAAAUCAUGACACUGUGUAAUAUGUUGCGUGGUGUUCAUCUGAGCUUGUAUUUACUUAAUUUUAAGACUUGCUAAGGAACAGUUGAUGGUUAUUAUGUCCUGAUAAAGAAAACAAUAUAAUUCAAAGAGGGUGUACUUUCUUUUUCCUGUGACUGUAUAUUAUUAUGUUUUAGAACAUGGCAGCACUGAACGUGGAGCACACACAGAACUAAAUUCAACACGAUAGGUUUAACUUACAGGAACAACGGC